AUGAACACUGUGGUCGCGGUGUUGUUCGUCUUCGUUGGCCUCGCCACCUCGUGCUCGGACUCGUCGUCUAACUGCGCCAACUGGAGCGCCAACGGCUUCUGCUCGUCCACCUUCUACACCACCGCACAGAAGACGUCGUACUGUGGAACGACAUGCGGACUCUGCAGCGGAGGCGGUAGCUCGAGUACGACGUGUUCGGAUACGUCCGCUAGG